AUGUCCUUCUCGGGCCGCCGUGUGAGUAUCCUGCGUCCAUCCAACCGGCGAUUCUCUCUCGGCAAAGAAUUGUCGGAGAAUGAACUCCGGUCGGAAACUCACCGUCAAUUCCGCUCGGCCCACGAAGGCCACCGUCCACACGCCGGCCUGGAUGCCUCGCGAGCCUCAACUGGUGUAGUCUGGUGUACCGAACGUGCGACAGAGCAUGGUUAUGGCGAAGAUCCGGCUUCCUGGGCCAACCUGGGUCAGGGCGCCCCCGAAGCCGAUGACGAGAUCGAAGGAAGCUUUCCGCGACCGACGAGUAUUCCCAUCACCUCUGCUGCCCGCGAAUACGGCCCCACAGCCGGCAUCAAGCCUCUGCGUGCGGCCGUCGCUCGUCUAUACAAUGAGCACUAUCGUCAAGGCAAGGAGAGCCAGUAUACCUGGGAGAAUGUCUGCAUCGUCCCCGGUGGUCGUGCUGGGUUGAUCCGAAUUGCUGCCAUCCUGGGCAACUCGUACCUGUCCUUCCCCAUUCCCGACUACUCGGCCUACUCGGAGAUGUUGAGCUUGUUCAAGAACAUUGCUCCGAUCCCUAUGCCCCUCGCCCAGGACGACCACUACCACAUUCACCCCGACAAGAUCGCCGAGGAGAUCGCCCGUGGAACGUCGGUGCUGCUUACCUCGAACCCCCGGAAUCCCACGGGACACUUUGUCUCUCACGAGGAAUUGGCUCGGAUUCAGGACAUCUGCCGAGAUCGUGCGACCCUGAUCCUGGAUGAAUUCUACGGCGGCUACAACUACACCACCGACUGUGAUGGAAGCACGAUCAGUGGUGCUUCGAAUGUGGUGGACGUCAACAAGGACGAUGUACUUCUGAUCGACGGUCUCACCAAGCGCUUCCGUCUUCCCGGCUGGCGAAUCGCUUGGGUGGUUGGCCCCAAGGAAUUCAUUGAUGCCCUGGGUUCGGCCGGGUCCUAUCUGGACGGUGGUGCCAACGCUCCCUUCCAGGAGGCGGCGAUCCCUAUGCUUGAGCCGUCUCUGGUGCGUGCCGAGAUGAAGGCACUGCAGCAGCAUUUCCGCGACAAGCGUGAUUUCGUCCUGAAGCGUCUGUCUGAGAUUGGAUUCCGCGUCCAGGACGUCCCGCAGGCCACCUUCUACAUCUGGCUAGACCUAACAUCCAUCGAGCCCCCUCUUCCAGCCAAGGCAAACAUCUCUGACGGUCUGAACUUCUUCAACGCUCUCUUGACCGAGAAAGUCAUUGUGGUGCCGGGAAUCUUCUUUGACCUGAACCCGGCGAAGAGACGCGACCUGUUUGAUAGUCCCUGCCAUCAUUUCGUGCGUCUGAGCUACGGCCCCAAGAUGGACGUCCUCAAGAGGGGUUUGGAUGGCAUUGAGAGAGUGAUCCGGCGGGCUCGGGGAGAGGCCACGCAGCAGUGGGAAGACGAGGUGGCCAUCCAGGACGAUUGA